AUGGCGACAUUCCGAUCGGUGUUGCAGUUCCAGCAAUAUGGCAAUGGCAAUAUUGAGCUGGAGCGCGUGCAGAGCGGCCGUCGCAGCGAGGAGAAGCGCACCGUCGAAGUCACCAAAGAGAAGAGCAUCAAAGUCACAGUCAAGGUGCAGGUUCCUGUCAGAGAGCACCCUAAGUUCAACUUCGUUGGCAAGCUUCUGGGUCCGAAAGGCAACUCCCUGAAGCGGCUACAGGAAGAGACCAUGACCAAGAUGGCGAUCUUGGGCCGAGGUUCGUUCAGAGAUAAAGCCAAGGAAGAGGAGCUCAGGAAGAACCCUGACCCCAAGUACAGCCACCUUCAUGAGGAACUACACGUCGAGGUCACGGCACACGCUCCUCCCGCGGAGGCAUACGCGCGUAUAGCCUACGCCCUCACUGAAAUACGCCGGUAUCUUGUCCCCGAUCACAACGACGAGAUCCGUCAGGAACAGAUGCGCGAGAUGCAGAUCCUGGGCGGCGGUAACGGCGUCCUAGUGCCGCUCGACGGUCUCACCGGCACCCCUAACGGCACCGACGCUCACACCGAUGGUUCGGGCUCCCUUUCCCCACCAUCCUCUCUGUCCCCACCACCUGCAGUGACUGUGAAGCUCCCCCACACAACUCUUGCCCCUGCGUCUACACACCCGUCACAAGGGGCGGUCGCUCCCCACCACCAGAACCCCGCCAUGCACGCCGCCAACUUCUUGGCCGCCAACCAUCCCGCCAUGCGAGGCAUCACACGCGCCCAGAUGGGCCUGCUCGCCUCAGCGCCCUCAUACCUGGGAUCCAUGCCAAACCUGGCGACGACGCCGCAGCUGCCCCCGGGCGCCAUGAUCGGGCGCUACCCCACCAUGAUGCCCCUGGGCUCCAUUGCUAUGCCCCCCUCGCAGAUACGCAGGUAA